UUGGGAGAUCUUGAAAGGCAUGUCAGUAGCUGCGGGUUUGCUCCAGCAGUCUGCUCUAACGAAGGAUGUCAACUUGAGCUGAAUAAACAAGAUGUAAUUCUCCAUGAAACGGCUGUGUGUGAACUACGCCGAGUUCAAUGUCAUGGCUGCAACGAAUUGAGUCAAGAGAUGGUUAAAGUGAAAGUUAAUUUAACGGCAAUGAAUGAAAAAUUGAACAGGAAUGAGAAACAGUUGCAAAGAAACGAAUUGAGUUUGAAAGAUGUGAAAGCCGUGGAACAGAAUUUGGUUGCGAAAGUUGAACUGGUCCAAGAACAACUUAACAAGCAGGAAGUCAAUAAUCGUCAUAUUCAAGGAGACAUUGUGGGAAUGAAGAAAAGUUUAAAUGAAAUUACCAAGCAACUAGAAAGAUUCACUCAACAAACAUUGCAUGAAGUUCAGGCUGAACAGGAAGAAAUGAAGAAAGGGAUUGCAGAAGCUGAUGAAGUGGACACAGAGCCGAAGGUUGUUAUUGCGGGAGGUCGGAAUAGAAACGGAAGAUUAAAUUCGGUAGAAAUGUUCAAUUUAUCAACUCGUACAUGGACACCACUACAGCCAAUGAGAGAAUGUCGCUGUGGAGCAUCGUCAGUUGUUUACAACAAUAUGGUUGUUGUUACGGGUGGUUUGGGUGACACUCGUACAACCGAGUCCAUGGAAAGAUUACCAACGAAUGCUCAAACUGACCAGUCCAUAUCUUGGGAGAAGCUUCUUGCUCAGUUACCUGGACGGUUGCAUGGCCAUUGCAGUGUAGUUUAUAAUGGACGGUUGAUAGUGAUUGGAGGCCGUGAUGGAGAUAAAGGUGGAUGUUCUGAUAGUAUUGCUGAGAUUUCUCUUGUUCCACCUUUUACCACUAAGCUGCUGGCUACUAUGCCACAGAGAAGAUGUGGCCAUGGUGUUGCAGUGUUUGGUGAUAAGAUCGUGAUUGUAGGAGGGAGAGACCACCCCUUGUCUAGAGAAGGUCUCAGAAGCGUGAUUAUGUAUGACAUCACUAAAAAUGAAUGUAAGAAGUUAGCUCCCAUCCCUUACCCUGUGAGUGACAUGGCCACAGUCAAGUGGGGUGAUGACAAUGUUAUUAUGAUAAGCGGUGCUGGCCGUGACUAUGAAUCGUUAAGCAAAGUCUUAAUAUACAACGUCAACACCCAGAAGAGUCACUUCUUACCUAAAAUGAAGUGUAAGGAUAGGAAAGGAUGUGUGGCUGCUGUUGUCAGGAACACUGUGAUUGUCAUGGGAGGCAAAGAUGAAAGAGGAACUUGCUUAAAGUCAGUAGAAAGUUUUAGAUUUGAUCGUUAUAGCUGGGAUGAACUUCCAGAUAUGCAUGAAGCAAGAUGCUGGGCUACUGCACUUGCAUUCUAA